GCGGUGUUUCUCCGUCAAACCCGCAGAUGCCUUCUCCACCAUACACUCUGGGAUGGGUCAACAACCUCACAAACGCACCAAGCGAGAGUGAUGCUCAAGGUAUCAUAGCACUGGCGGUGGUCUUUCCACUCCUUGCUGUUCUCUGUGUUGGGCUCAAGUUCAGGAUACGAAUAAACACAAUAGGCUCAGUUGGGUGGGACGAUAUGAUACUGGCGAUCAGUUGUACCAAAUGGGGCCUUGGUCUUAGAGCAGAAGACUUUCCUCCGGAGAACGCGGUACCCUUCANNGUACAAUUCGCUGGAGGACCACUGUACUGUCUUGCAGUCCUGGGAUUCAAACUAUCGCUGCUGAUAACUUACCUUCGAGUCGCCGGCUUCAAUCGCAUCUAUGCCCUCAUUGUGUGGAUGGUGGUUGUCUCUGUCGUGAUCAGUCAGAUCCAGUUCACCGUACUGCUGUCGGCCGGUUGUCAACCUAUUGUGAAACAAUGGGACCCCAGCAUAUCGGGCAAAUGUCUUGAUGCGCUGCCGAUAUAUUUCGCGCUUCUAGGAUGGGACUUGAUCAUCAUCGCCCUUCCGUUUCCAAUCUUGCGGAGGCUUCAACUGGACUUGCGAAGAAAGGUGGGUGUGGUCAUAUUAUUUCAGGAGAUUCUGCUGACAUUCAUGGUGGGAAGCUCGNCGCUGCUUGCCGUGUUUAGUUUGGGACUCUUCGUCACCGUUGUCCAAGCGGUCCGAUUGACGAGCAUUGCGAAACUGGCGACUUAUACGGACUCGAAAGGAUCUAUCGAGUGGUCUGCGGUCGAGAUGAACCUGGGAGUGGUUGUCGCAUGUUUUUCGACGUUCGGGCCUCUCAUAACAAGAUUCGGGAAAAAGGUGUCGCGUGGGUCAUGUUCGAAAAUCCGUGUGCAGCACGUUGUCACGGUGCGGCACGAUGAAGCUGUCCAUCAGCGUGUA